AUGGCAGUUGAUCCUGUGGCCUCGAAAUUCUUCCAGAAGCACCAAGCGGAAGAAGCAAAUGCAAAGUGCUGCGACAGCGUGGGGUCAAAAGCAGAAUGGGCAUCGGUGUCUCACGGCAUCUACAUCAGCAUAGAAGCUGCUGGAGUACAUCGAAGUUUGGGGGUGAAACGAAGCUUCGUUUUGUCCACAAGCUUAGAUAGUUGGAAACCCGAGCACCUCAAGAUGAUGCAACUUGGAGGAAACCAGCGUUUCCACGACUUCAUGUCCCAGCACGUGCCGAAAGAUAUGCCCUUGCGGCAAAAAUACCUCACGCGAGCAGCAGAGUGGUAUCGAGAAAAUCUUCGAGCAGAAGCUGAAGGCUUAGAACCUCCAGCACCCUUGAAGCCAGGAACUGGCCAUCUCUUGCUGGAGAAUGCAACUUCACAAGAAGAACUCCUGAACAAAAUUUUCGUACCGAAUGCUAAUGCUUCGGUGCAUGCAACGCCUCAGAGGAAUCUCACAGCCUCACGCUCAUUGUCAAGCCUUCCUGCGAGGUCUGCUUCGGGAGAUCUUGUUGGACGCUUGACAAAGAAACUCAAAGCCCUACAUGAGGUGAAGAACACCAAAGACAAGACUCCAGCAAAGGUUUGGCCAGGAAGUGAGGGCCGCUGCGUAGCGCAAAGACUGCAGCUUCUCUCCACCGGAAAGAUGGACGGCUUUGGAUCAGAUGCCGCGUGUGCUGCGUCUUGUGCAUGA